AUGGUAGAUUGUCGUGGCAAUUUCCCCCAUCCGCUAUGGCCAAUUUGUAUAGGAUGGUGGAUGGUGGAUUUAGCGGCCUACUGCCAUGGUCAGCCAUCUGCUAUCAAUAACAAUGGGGCAAUCCCUCCUAUUACACGAAUGGCACUCACACGUGAUACUUGGAUAACCGUAUUAUGCAGAAAAUUGAGAGAUUGGUGGCAUUGGGUUGCCGAGGGGGAUCUUCCGAUUGUUGCUUCACAUGGAACGGAGAUUGAAGUUUAUAAAUCACUUGAUCCAGCUGUCCGUAUUAUCAUCUUAAAAGCAUUAUGUGACAUUCGUGUUGAGCAAGAAGAUAUCCGAAGUUAUAUUGACAACUCAAUUAAACACGGCGCUCAACUUUCAACGUUCCGUAAAGAGCGUAUUGGAGGUGAUUCAAAUGGAAUCUCUUAUUGGUAUGAAGAUGACCCCGUCAUUGGUCAUAGGUUGUAUAGAGAAAUAAGGAAAACUGAAGUGAUUCAACCAAGGAAAGGGAGAUCAAGAGGUUCCCAGGUUCUUUCUAGUACGUCAUAUCAGUGGGAGGCAGUUGCUACCAAUUUUGAUGAAUUUCAAGAUGUUUCUGAGAAGCUUUUCUCAAGUAAAAACAGAACAGAGACUUCUGUGGGGAAAAAGCUGAAGAUAGACAUGCUUCCUGAAAUUGAGAAAGUUCACAAGAAAAAAGAGAGGUUGCUGAAAAAGCAGCACAGAGAAGCUCUUCUUCUUGAUAACUACUUGGUUGCUGACGCGCUUUCUUCUGGACGUGCACUUCGUGACAGGAAACCUGUGACUUACACUUUCGAUGAUUAUGAUCGGUCCAUCAAUGAGGCAAUAAAAAUAACCAAGCGAAAACAGUCAUCCCCAGAACCUAUGCCCAGGAGAGAACCAGUACCAAAGCCUGAAGUUUUGACUAAUGGGAACCAUGGUCCUUCACAUGCUGCUGCACAAGAGCAGAAUUUUACUAUCUCAUCUCCAGAAUCAUUUGACUCUGAUGAUGAUGAAUAUGAUAAUACUGACAAUUUGGACCGAAGUGGUCGUCGAAGAAGGAAACCUAAGCGGUAUUCAGAGAAUGAGUUUGUUGAAGAAGUAUCAGAUUAUGAGGCAGAAUUUGAAAGUGAUGAUGAUAUUGUUGGAGAGGUUGUAUAUGAUGAAGAAUAUCUCAAGAAACGUAAGCAGAGAAGGAAGCAUUCUAGCAGCUCUGAAGGGGAUGAAGAAUAUCAGUGGGAUGAUGAUAAUGUAGAAGAUGAAGAAGAAGAAGAGGAGGAGGAUGAAGACGACGACUCGGCAAGCAUGAGUGAGGAUAGUGACAAACCCCGAAAAGCCAAACGGUUGCCUGGCCGAACUAGGAGGGAAACUAAACUCAGGUCUGUGGGUGAGAUUCAAUCAAGUCCAAGACGCAGUAAGAGGGCAACUAGAAAUCGUAUAAAUUACAAACAAUAUGAGUUGUCGGAUUCAGAAACCGAGUUCACCAAACCUGGGAAAUCUAAUGCAUCAGCGGAUCACUCAGAUCCCAGUGAGAAUGAAAAUGAUAAUGAUAAUGAGAACGAUAAUGAGAAUGGGGAAUAUAUGGUGGAAAGUGAAGAUUCAGAUAGUGUUGAAGAUGAAGAUCAGGAAAUGAAAGUAGAUGAGCCUGUCACUGUUCCUUACCCUGCAGUAGAAGAGAAUGAACCGAACCAGCCUCUUGAAAAGUCAAGUAGUCCUCCUGGUCAAGAUGAAGUCGAGGGAACGCGAAAGAGACGUUUCCUUGAUUUGAAUGAGCUUGCCCCUAGUCCUGGAUUUGAUGACGGUCCAAAUACAAUAAUGAAAGACGAAGACAAUGAUUACUGA